AUGCGGUACUCGCGCUGCCACCUGCUGGGGACUCUACUCCCGUUGGUCCCCUUCUCCACGGCGGCCCCGGCCGAAUCAGUCAGGUUUCCCCGGCAUGCGACGGUCGUUGACCACCGGGCCGUGGCCAACAACUACACAUUCAUCAUCGCCGGCGGCGGCAUCGCUGGACUUACCCUCGCAGACCGUCUCACCGAGGACCCGAACGUGACCGUGCUGGUCAUUGAGGCUGGGCCGCUUGACCAGGGCCAGGAUGGCAUCCUGGUGCCGGGCGCAUAUGCCCCGUAUCUCUACUUCUGGCCCAAUCUCAUCACGGUGCCCCAGGCGGGUCUCAAUAACAGGACCCCUGGGGCCAUCACUGCCCAGGUUGUGGGCGGCGGCAGCACCAUCAAUGCCAUGGUAUUUCUGAGGGGUGAUGCGGACGACUACGAUGCCUGGGGAUCUCUUGGGAACCCGGGCUGGAGCUGGCAAGGCUUGCUUCCGUACUUCAUCAAGAGCGAGAACUUCACUGCGCCGGACGCCUCGUUUGCCGCGACCGCCAACAUUUCGUGGGAUGACUCGAUCCGUGGCCAUUCCGGUCCUGUGAUGAACUCUUACCCCAACUACUUUUACCCUGGAAGCGCAAACUGGUGGAAUGCCGCUCUGGAGAUUGGUCUCCCCGCGGUCAAAGAUCCCCAGGCCGGAUCUAAAGAGGGCGUCUUCUGGAUGCCCACGGACCUGGACGCUACCACCAUGACCAGGGACCAUGCGCGACGCAACCACUACGACCGAGUGAAAGACUCGCGGCCGAACUAUCACCUGCUCACGUCCAACAUAGUUUGCCAAGUGCUCUUCAUGGGCAAGGUGGCCAUCGGCGUAAGCUAUGUGCCCACAUCAGGGGGCGGCUCAAGCUGUACCUCGAGUGUCUACGCCUCCAAGGAGGUUAUCCUGGCCGCCGGCGGCUUCGGCACGCCGAAGAUCCUGCAACUGUCAGGUGUUGGCCCCCGGAAGCUGCUUAACAAGCUGGGGAUUCCUGUCGUGGCCGAUCUCCCCGGAGUCGGGCAGAACCUGCAGGACCAGCCCACGCUGACAAUCCCGUACAACUGUGAACUGACUGCGCCGCCACACGUAGUCACUGCCAACGUUGUCCCCAACUACGGCACCCUACUCACAAACUCCACCUAUAACGCCGAGCAGCGCGCCCUGUACGACUCGUUCCACGAGGGUGCCUACACCAUUGUCAGCAGCCUCAGCACCAACAUCGGCGCGCUUUCGCUGCAGCAGGCGACGUCCUCUUACAAAGACAUCAUUGCAGCGGCGAAGGCAGCCAACCCUGCGUACUCUCUGCCGGCGGACGUCGACCCCACCGUGCUCAAGGGCUACAAGGCCCAGCGCGCGGCCCUCCUGAAUCAGUUCGCUAGCCCUAAUGUCGGGGUCGGCACCGUCCACUGGGGCACCUCGGACUCGGCGCUGAUCUACCAUCUCAAGCCGCUCAGCCGCGGGACGGUCAACAUCAACUCGACCGAUCCGCUGGCCAGCCCGCUGAUCGACUUCCGCACCGCCACCGACCCCGUCGAUCUCCAGGUCUACACGGCCAUCUUCCGCAAGAACCGCGAGCUGUUCGCCGCGCCUUCGAUGCAGCUUCUGGGCCCGACCGAGGCCGCUCCGUUCGGCGCGCAUCUGACCACCGACGCCGAGAUCGCGGCGGUCAUGCGCGAUCAGAUCAACCCGACCAAUGCCCACCAGUGCUGCACCGCUGCCAUGCUGCCCCUGGAGCUCGGCGGUGUUGUCUCGAGCGACCAGAAGGUGUACGGCGUUCAGGGGCUCCGUGUUGCUGACAUCAGCCACUGGCCCUUCCAGCUUUCGGGAGCGCCCAUGGCGACCAUGUAUGCUUCGGCCGAGAGGCUUGCCGAUCUCAUCAAAAAGCAGUACUGCCUGGCGGGUGCUUGCUGA